AUGAGAAAAACAACAAUAAAUUAUUUUACUUUUUCUAUUCCAGAAUCGAACAAAAAUGAUUUCGACAACUGUAUCCACAUGACUGAAGAUAUACAACACCAGAUAAACAGCUUAGUAAACAAAUUAUCUUCUUACAUUACUACAUUAAGCACGGAAUAUGAAGAUAUUGAUUUGAGAUCCAUUGCCUUUAAUAUUGACAAACAUUCGCCAAACGAAGAUGAGAAAGAUACAGUAAUUAAGAUAACUAUCAACGAUUGUCUAGAAAGGUCCAAACAAACUGAAUAUAUUGAAAAUAUUGAAGAAAAUAAAGCACCAACUCAUAUCGAAAAUUCUAGAAAUAACUCUGAAGAGAGCGAAAAUAAAUACAAAAAAGUAGAUACAGAGAAUCAAAAUAUUACUGUUAAAGGUGAAGUUCAUCAAGAAGAAAUAGAAGCAGCCAAACGUGGUGAUACAUUUGAUUACAAUAAAAAUUAUAUUCAAAAUUCUGAUAAACUGGAUUUUAUCGAAGAUAUUAAUAAUGUAUCCAACAACCAUCAAGGAGAAGUGAAAGAUGUAAUAAAAGAAAUGAACGAUGGUGAGAUUGUUUUAAAAGAAAGAAAAAACAAAACAAAUUUUAAAGACAUUAACAGCGAAGAAAAGAGAUAUUUGGGAGGAACCGUAAAUGAAAACAAAGUAAACUACAAAAGUGAUGAUAUGUUUGUAGAUGAUGAUAAUGAUAAUGAUUUUGAUAAAAGGUCUAAUAAAACUGAUAAAACUAAACAAUUAGUUGAUAGCUCAAAAGAUGAUGCAUUCUCUGCGGACAGUGAAUUAAAUUAUGAUAACACAAGUAAAAAUGAAAAUAGUGAAUUUGAUUCAGUUGAACAUAAAAAUAAUGAUUCAUUAGAAAACACCAAAGAAGUUUACUUAAUAGAUUACAAGGAAUUUAAGAAAUCAAACAUAGAUGAUGAUGAUAAUAAAACCAAUAUUUGUGAAGAAGUACUACUUCUGAGCGAUGAAGAAAAGAUUAUUUUUAAUGAAAUAGAAAAGGUCCGCGGUGAAAAACCUUUUAUGGUGUAUCAGCGGUUUUUCCAUAAUUUCACGCAAUAUUGGUUUUUCUAAAAGAUAAUUAAAAUAUUAUAUAUAAUA